AUGGCGCGAGAAGAGGGAUCUAGGCUAAACCCUCGCAGAAGGCAAGAGGCGCACGAAGACAGAGACAGAGACCGCGACAGUUAUUCACGCAAGAGAGGCCGCCGCCACAGCAGCAGCAGAGAGACAUCGCCCUCUAAGAGACGCGAGAGAAAAGAGAGAGACAGAGAGAGAGACAGAGAGAGAGAGAGAGAAAGAGACAGAGACAGAGACAGAUAUAAAGAAGACAGAGACAGAGACAGAGACAGAGACAGGAGAUUCAGGCGGCACCCACGGGGCAAAGAAGGUGAAGGAGGAGACAGAGACAGAGACAGAGAGAGAGACAGAGAAAGAGACAGAGAAAGAGACAGAGACAGAGAUAGAGACAGAGACAGAGACAGAGAAGCUUCACUCUCUCCUGCUGCUCGUUCUAAGGGGUCGUCUCCAUACCGAAAGAGUCAAAAAACUCUCAGUCGAAGUCCGCAGCCAAGCAGAGGCUACAGAGAAGACGAGAGAGAAAGAAGCAGAGAAAGAAGCAGAGAAAGAAGCAGAGAAGGAGACAAACAAAGAGAAGAUGUAAAUGAUGUCGGGGGUUUAAAUGAUGACGAACUUCUCUCCGAUGAGGAGAGAGACAGACGCUUCCUAGAAGAGAGAAGAAAGCAAAGAGCUGCGCUCCUAGCAAAGCUCAGCAACACCAACAACUGCAGCAGCAGCAGCAGCAGCAGCAGCAGCAGCAACCACUCCAGCAGCAGCAACGGCGGCAGCAACACAGCGGAUGCAGCAACAGCAACAGCAAAUUCGCAGGGCAGCCCCAACGCAGAAGGCAGCACUCCACAAACAACCAUAGCGGCAGGGAGCGACUCUUCGUUGCCUCCUCCUGCUGCUGCUGCUUCGCUGUUUGCUGCAGCAGCAGCAGCAGAGGGUUUGUCUCCUGGAGGGGGGUUGUCAUCUCCUGAGAGCGUUUCCGACAGCGAGGAAGUAGCAGCAGCAGCCGCUGCUGCUGCUGCUGCAGCAGCAGCAGAUGAUGAUGAUGAAGGUUUAAAGGGGGCAGCGGCUGCCUCGCAGGAGGCAGCAGCAGGCAGCGGGGAUUCAGCAGCAGCAGCAGCAGGUGGUGGAGGCUCUUUGAAAGGGUUAGAUAUGUCUUCACUGCAGAAAAUGCUAGGAGAGCAGAAGCUGAAGCUGCGUACAUUUAUAAUUCGCAUGCGGGAAGACCAUGAGCGUGCUGCUGCUGCUGCUGCUGCUGGUAGCAGUGGAGCAGCAGCAACAGCAGCAGCAGAGUCAGCAGGUGAUGAAGAUCAAGGGUUUGACGGAGAUGAAGAUGAAUUAGAUAUGUUUUCUGCUGCUGCUCCUCGUUCGAGUAAUAUGCGUCGUGGAGGUGUGCAGCGUCGAGGUGUAUCUGCAGCAACAGCAGCAGCAGCAGCAGCAGCAGCAGAUCUAACAUCAUUAGAAGACUGUGAUGACAGCGAGGGCUAUUACAAAGCUACUGUUGGGGAGUUAUUAGGGGGGAGGUAUAGAGUUGAAAGCGACUCUGUAGGAAAAGGCGUCUUUAGCAGCGUAUUGAAGUGCGUAGACACCACAGAAGGCGUAUUUGUUGCUGUGAAGUGUAUACGAAGGAACGACAUGAUGCGAAGAGCUGCUGAGAAAGAAAUGAAUAUACUUCGGCUAUUAAAUGCAGCAGAUAAAGAUAAUAGAAGACAUAUUGUUAGGCUUCUACGCUGCUUCGAUUAUAAAGGGCAUUACUGUCUUGUCUUUGAAUGGCUGUGGGGUAAUCUAAGAACUGCAUUAAAAACCUUCGGAGGGGGUAAAGGGUUAAGCCCUACAGCAAUUCAUUCGUUUGCUAAGCAGCUGUUUAUUGCUCUUCGCCAUAUGCGUCGCUGCAAGAUAAUGCAUGCAGACUUAAAGCCUGAUAAUAUCCUGUUAAAUGAGCGGCUCAGCACCCUUAAAGUAUGCGAUUUAGGCAGUGCUAGCGAUGUCAGUGAUAACGAUAUUACUGCUUAUCUUGUCAGUAGAUUCUAUAGAGCCCCUGAAAUCAUCUUGGGGGCUAAAUAUGACUCGCAAAUUGAUGUUUGGAGUGCAGCAGCAACUCUCUAUGAACUCGCUACAGGCCAGGUCUUAUUCCCGGGUCGCACGAACAACGACAUGUUGCGGUGUAUAAUGGAGUACAAAGGAAAGCCUCCUAACAAAUUAAUAAGAGCGGGUAUGCUGUCUUCUCUGCAUUUUACUGAAGACUUAGAUUUCAUACAUAGGGUUAAAGACUCUUUUUCUAAGAGAGACACAACUCGCAUCCUUCACGACCUCAGACCUACGAAAAGUAUUACUGAUUCUCUUCUAGAAAAACAAACUUGGCUUAAAGGUUCGAGCCCGAAGAUGAAUUUCUUACGGCGUAAGAUGAGACAGUUGGGAGAUCUUUUAGAGAAAUGUUUGAUAUUAGACCCUCAGAAGCGCCUUACACCUGAUGAAGCGCUGCAACACCCUUUUGUAAAGGAAAGCAUACAUUUCUUCGAUGGCCCACCAGCAGCAGCAGCAGUAGCUGCUGCUGCUGCUGCUCCAGCAGCAGCAGGAAAGGCUGCGUGA